AUGUCUUUUAUAACGAAAAGGGAGCGUGUGUUCAACGAGUAUUGCGACCCGUUCGACUUGCCUUGUAGGAAUGAAGGGAAGUUGAAGGCGUACGCGUCAUGCACGGACGCGCGCGCAUGGUCGCACUUCUGUUCAGACAAGACGGAGCAUCUGGUGGAGAUCAUCAAGAAGAACAAUGAGGUGGCGCGCGGCAAGUACGUGCCCACCAACGUGUUAAUAGAGAUGAUGAUGGCCUCGAAGAACGCGGAGAUCGCGCGGCUCAAACGCAAGAUGCAACAGUUUGAGCAGAUGAUCGCCGUCUACGACCAGCUUGAGCUCUCUUGCGAACAGAAGUGCGAAAUCACCACAGCUCACGCCAUGAUAAAAGCUGCAAACAAAUCAAUGGAUGACCUGGCAUUGGAUUUAGACGUGUCUGGCUUCACAGAGGGUAUAGAUUCAGAUGGCUUCCAUACGGGCAAAUCAGGAGGUGACGAGGCAUCAGUAAAAUUCAAAGGUGAUGAGUGGACCCCACGCAGUGACGUCAGAGGCAAAGAGUCGAAAAUAAAUCAAGUGGAUCUGUCCUGUAAUUGUGACGCCAGCACAUCCGCCUACGAUGUCAGAAUCGAUGAACUACAAGAAGCAUUGAUCGGUAAAGAUGCAAAACUAAACGCUAUGCAGAAUACAAUGGCAGUCAUGGAAAAUGACGUUUGUGAGCCAUACUGCGUGUACGCUCAUUUUUAUACGGCGUUAGAGAAAAUAUUUGCCACAUUACGACAAAACGAAAAGUAUAGAAUAUAUUUGGAUUUAAUGUCAACUAGUAAAGAUACACGUCGAAUGGACAUAAAAGGGAAAAUUUUAUUCAAACUUAAAGUAUUAGAAAAGUUCAGCGUCGCGUUAUUGGCUCCUUGUUCGGAGCGGUUCAGGCAUGAUGAAACCUGCGAAUGCCAAAGCGCUCAAGUUCUUCAUGUGGAGACUACUUUUGCUCUCACGUCAGCCGAAUCAAAGAGACCCGAAAUGGAGAAGAACAAACGAGCAUAUCUCGUCGCAGACAUUAUGGAGCACGAUGAAAUGAAAGAAAUCCUAAGUAAACAGAGCGGAGUGAAUCUAGACGAAGAAGAGCAAACAGAAGACAACUUCGGAGUUGAUAAUUACAGUAUAGACACGGAAAAUUUAAACCGUCUUAAGAGUCUCCAAGUUAAUUACGACGAUCUGAUGACAUGUUAUGAAGACGUUAAACAUGAGAGGGAUAACUUGAGAAUAAAAUGCGAGAAAUAUGAUGAACUCGAAGAGGAACUUCAAAAUAUGAGGAGUCAGUUGAAAGAGUAUUCUGUGUUAUAUAACGAAAGAGAAUAUUAUCGCAAACGAUCUGAAGACCUAGAUAGCCUAAAAGAACAGUACAUAGUAUUAACAGAUGAAACUUCCGGUUUAGAAGCUCAACUUAAAGCUGAGGCUGAAAUAAAUAAUAUGAAAACGCAUACUGUAGAAGAUUUAAGAAAUGAAAAUAUUGAGCUUGAGAGAAAGUUAAACGACGCUCUCAUUGCUUUCGAAAAAGAAAAGAAUUCUUUGCAGUGUAAACUCAAAGAAACUGAAUGCAAUGUUAUGUGUCAAGAUCAACAAAUUAGAAGUCUAUCUUCUCAGAUAGAUCGAUUACUUGAACAAGAUCACGAUAAACAUCAUGAUAAUAUUCCAAAAUCUGUUAUGAUAUUGGACGAAAUUGAAGCGCUGAAAGAUCAGAUUAAACAUCUUCAAGAGUCACUGUACAACACCGAGGAUGAAAAACAACAACUACAGGCGCAAUUUGAAGAUAAAUUGAAACUGAUUAGUGAUCUUAGAAUGGAAAUUGACGAUUGGAAAAGUACGUGUGAGAAGACACUUCAGCGAAAUGAAUAUUUAGAAAGAUAUACAGAAAGCUUUAGAGAUGAAGUUCGUGGGUUAGUAGAAGAAAACAGGACAUUAUCGCAGGACGUGGAAGAAAAGACUACAGCAGUGGCAAAUUUGAUGACUGUUAUCAACAACAAGUCUCAAGAAAUAAAUAAAUUAGUGGACGAUAUCGAGUCAAGAAAGAAACAAAAUAAAGACUUACAUGAUGAACUGAAACAAGUAAAAGAAAAGUAUGGAAGUAAUCUGACAGAAUUAGAAAAUGAAAAGAAACAAGUUUUAGAUUCACUACAAUUGGCUAGACAAGAAAGCCGCGAACUAUUAGAAAAAGUAAAAGAUUACGACGAUGUUCUUCACAAGAGAGAAGAAAUUUCGAAGUCGCUAGAAACUCAACUAGAAGAUUAUAAUGAGCUAAAGAACGUACUCCUUAAUACUAUAGAAGAAAAUAAAAGGCUACAAAGUGAUUUAACUAGUCUAGAAAAUAAUAACUCCAUAUUACUGCAGGAAAUACGAAAUCUCCGCGAAGUCAAUAAUUUAGCGGUAGAAAAUAUCAGCAGUUUACAAAAUGAAAAUUAUAAAUAUAAACUAUCAAAUGAGCUUACUCGAAAAGAAAGUGAAAUACUUGGAGACAAACUUAAACAGUUUGAAGAUUUGAGAGAACACCUCCAAAAGAUGAGGGAUUCUCAUGAAAAACUUAUGGAAGUGAAAAAUAAAUUAGAAAAUGAAUUACAAAAGAAAGCUAAAGAUCUUGAUGACGCAAUUCAUUCUGUAGAACUUACCAAAAAAGACAGCGAACAUUUGUUAGAAAAAAUACAACAAUCUGAAAACUUGAAAGAGGAUAUGAUAAAAUUGAGUAAAGAUUACCAAAAGUUAGUAAACGAAAAACAAACGCUGCAAAAAGAUUUAAUUGAUAAAAGUAAAGAAUUAGAUAAUUUAUUACAAAGUCUAACUAAUCUUAAGGAAGAAAAUGAAGAUUUGAUGCAGAAAUUUAAGAAGGCUGACAGUUUAGAAAACGAGUUAGCAGAAUUGAAAAAGGCUUAUGACGAUCUGACAAAAGAAAAAUCUAUAUUACAAGCUGAUUAUGACAAUAAAACGGAAGAAAUUAACCACUUGUACAAUACUCUAGAGGAUAAAAUAGACGAAAACAGAGAUUUAGUAGACCAAAUAAAAUCAUUACAAUACCAUCAAGCUGAAGCCAAGAGCAAUAUCGAAAAACUAAAAGAUGAAAAUCUUAAUAACCAAUCAGCCCUAAAUACAGCUAGAAAAGAAAGCGAAGAGCUUGUAAAUAAAAUCAAAAACUAUGAAGCCUUGCUGCGCGAAUACGAGGACCUAAAACGGGUACACUAUCAAAUAGAAAAAGAAAAGGAUAAACUUCAGCGAGAAAAUCUGGAACUGAAUGUACAAACUCAAAAUGUUAUGGCACAAAACGAAGAUUUAGAAAAAGCUUUGAUCAAUACAAGAAACGAGCUCAUGAAAUCUACUACCGAAAAUCCGUAUGCUAAUGUUGCAAAAGAAAUAGAAGAGAUGAAAAAUGAGAAGUUGGCUAACCAUAAAAAAAUAAGAGAACUUUUGGAUAAAUUGGACGAAUCGGAAAAUGUUAUAUCUGAUCUAAGUGAAGAUAUAAUAGCACGAGAUGACAAAAUAGCAAUACUAGAGAAUCACAUUAAUUCUUUAGAAGACGAAGUAAGAAGAUUACAUUCCAGUUUAGCGGAAGUGGUAAAUGCAGGACAAGAAAUCAAAGAUAAUAGCUAUCAGAAAAUUGAUCAAACACUCAACAAAAUGGAAGCUCAUCAUUCCAAGGCAACACAUAAUAUGAAGAUUGAAUUAGCAAAGCUACAAAACCAAAAUGCCAGGCUGGAGGAACAACUAUCUGUAACAAAAAUAAAAAGUGACGAGUCUUUAAGGGAAAAACACAAAUAUGUAUCACAAAUAAUUCAUCUUCAGAAUGAGAGGGAAAUCAUUGUAACUGAUAUAAAACAACUUGAAUUAAGCAGUGUGGGUGACAGUAAUUUAUCACCGGAUUCUAAUGUGGAAGAUAUUCUAAGAUCCUUAGAAAAAAUUCAAAAAUGUUUGGAUGCGAAGAAUUCAAAAAGUAACAGUUUAGAGAAAACAUUGCUCAAAGUCCAAACGUCAUCGCAACUACUGCUAAGCAAAGCAGAUGAAGCAAAAAAACUAGUGGAAAAAGAAAAACAGAAAAUAAUAAAUGAAAAAGAAGAAGCUAUAGCAGAUAAACAGAAUAUGGAAAAACAACUACUAGACUUAAAAGUACAAUUGGAACAACAAACUAAUCAUGACCAAAACAUAAUAAAACACCUUCAAGCAGAAAUCCUUAACCAAGAAUUAAUAAUCGCCAAAAUAAAUAGUUCUAGACAAGACUAUAUUACAAAAUUAGAAGAAGAAAUGCGGACCCUUCAAGGAUUAUAUGAAAAUUCAUUAACCAAAAUAAGCGAAUUACAAGAAAAGGUGCGAAAUUUGUCAGAAGAAAACGAUAAAAAUAUUUCAAUAAUUGAUAAAAUAAAUGGGGAUUUAACAGAGAAAUCUAAAGAAAUAUCCGCAUUACGAAAUAGUCUUGAUUUAUUGAAGAAUAAAUCACUUAAAGAAGUUGGCAUUCAAGCAGGAAAAUCUGACAAUUUGACAAGAAAAAACAAUAAGUCACAAACCGAUGAAUCCCAUUUAUAUGAGCUUGGUAUAAAAGACAAUGAUGAGUCAAGGAAUAUCAGCAGAUUUAGAGUUAAUAUGCCACCUCAAUCUGAAACUAUUUCGGAUUAUUUACCGAAUGAUAUGCCGCAAUCUAUUAAUGAGGUGCAAAUAUUAACUGUGAAUGUCGAACCUACAUUUGACUUUGUUAAAAGCAGCUAUGUGGAUUAUAAAAUAAAACGACUUAGCCCUGGAAAAUUAGAGACAUAUUCAAUUUCUUGUAUAGACUCCAACAUACAGGUGACACCGCUAAUUGAUGAAAUAUUUGCCUCUGAUGAUAAGAGUGAUAAGUCACCUACGGACUCUGCUUCACAAAAUCAGCAUUUAGUAGAUAUAUUUAAUAGACAAUCAAUGCACACAAGUUCUUCAAAAGCGAUGGAACAACCUCAAACUGCCGCUAAGAUAAGUGGUUUUGCUGGAUUUGGAUUAGCGAAUGACAUUUCUUACUCGGGUAGUCAUUUAAAUAAUAAACCUGAUGAUAGCAUUACCUUUACUGUAACUACUCCAGAUAAAUCUACUGAAAAAGAUCUAUUUCUGAUUUACCAUGAUAGUGAAAGUAGCCAGAUUGAAAAAGAUCGUUGGUUAUCAAGCGAUCAACCUCAGUUAGUGAAAAGCACACAGGCAGAGAAAGGUACACACGCAGAAAUAGAAAGUCAUGAAGAGUCGCUAUUGGACAAAGUUGGGCAAACUAAAGGAGUUCUACGAGCACAAACAGUUGUGAAACAGAAUAAAGAAGGAAAUAUCGCCGUAAAGCAACAACAAAAAUCACGUCAUAAGCCUGAAAAAAUAUAUUUUGAAGACUCUAAUCAAAGUAGGUCAAAACAUCAGUUACAAAUUACCUUGCCUAGAGUAGACAGUCAGGGGUACUCUAAUGAAACUAUCCCAACUGCCGGUAAUCAAUCCAUCGAUUCGUAUGAAUCAACAGUUUAUUCAUCUCAAAAACAGAUAUCACAUCAAGAUACUGAUGACGCUAUACAAGGAAGUCAAGAAGAUAAAAGUACAUCAACCUCAAACAAAACUGGACCCAAAAAUCAGGAUUCUAGUCUAUUAGGAAGCGAUUCUCAUCACAAGUUAUCUCGAGUGGAAGCUGAAUUUUUAUUAUUUAAGGAACAAAAUGAAAUUAAAAAGUCACUUACGCGACCCACGCAAGACGUAAAAGAUUUUGGCCUAGAGUACAUUUUAGAUACAGUCAAACGUGAAUUUAGUCCAGACGAUAAUAAAAAUGACAAAAAGCUGCGAAAAAGUCGUAGUGAUGACGUGUAUAAUCAAAUGAAAGAGAGUUAUAACAGCAAUACGAAACAUAGUCUACCUACAACGUCAAUUGACGGUAAAACUACGACGAACUCGUCUCCUAGUCCAAGUAAAUGGAGUGAACAAAGCCAUUCUAGGUCAGUAGCUGAACAGAGCGUAAUGGUUAAUAUUGAUGCACCUGAUUACUAUGAAAGCAAAAUGACACGUCUGUCUCACUUAUUAGAAAAUACAGAGAAAGAUUAUAAAAAGAAACUGGAUGCUAUUAAAAUGCAGUAUGAUAACAAUAUAAAGAGUAUUAUCAAUGAACACAACCACGGAGUUAAAAGCAUUCAGAGUCUUCACGAGGAAACAUUACAAGACAUUAUAAAAAUACACGAGAAUGAAGUAGAAAGCUUAAGAACUAUGAGCAUUGAAGCUAUGCGCAAAGCAGAAAAGUUGGAAAAAGAGAAUUUGCUUCUGAAAGGUAAAAUGCAAGACUGCAGUUGUGUUGGUUUAGAUGAGGUAAGUGAUAAUAACACGCCUGAUGUAAAGAGACGCAGACAAAAGAGUCGUGGCUACACCAAGAUGCUGACUAAAACGAAUGUGGAAGCGUUUAAUGUUAAGCCGAAAGUUAAAGUUCACGGCCCAUGUACAUGCUCUCUCGAUAUUAAUGUAUCGGAUACAAUCCGCAAUAUAUUCGAACAAGUCGAUGUUGAGCAGAGAAAAUUAGCUGAGCACGCUUAUUUAAAAUAUAUUGCAAAUAAGAUAAUAAAUGGUAGUGUUGAGGCGUUAGACGCUCAAGAGUUGUCGUUCCUUCACCUAAAAGUGUGUCGUACUUGGAAAAACAAACUUACAAAGGAAGAAGCUAUGCAGAAAAAGAUCGAUACACUCGAGAGUGAGCUAUUGAACAAACAACGCAAUGAGCAACAACACAUAGCAGACUUGGAUCGCAAAGUGGCGGAGGAGCGACGACGCCUGCAAGAAGUGCGCGAAGCGGUCUGUCGCAAGUAUCCGAUGCGGGCCUCACCUACCGAGUCCCAUACCACCAUUAGACGACUAGACUCCCCCACACCUAUCACUGCUCCUCCGCCAACAUCCGUUGACGGCGUAACAUGCAGUUGCCAAAGUGGUACAUACUUCAACUUAAGCGAGAGACAAUCUGCUGGUGAUUUGCUACCAGAAUAUUCUGGCGCAGGCAUUCAGUUCAGACGAUUGAAAUCUAAACCAGAGAGUAGGGCCGUGCUAGCAAGAUUGGACGAUGAGGACCGUCGAGAAAAGGAAAAGAAACUGUUCGAUGAGCCCCCGACGAGACUACGACGUGCACACGACCGUCCGCCUCCGCGUCCCACAAGGAAAUGACAAAUACUCCAACUGUAACGAAUAGAAUUAGGCAUUCCAUUCUCCAUCGGAGUAUCGAAUGUUUAGUUCAUAUACCUUCUCUUGGCUACGCUGGGUACGUUACUCUGCAAAGAGUUUUAGAAGAAAUAUUUUUUACUAAAUUGACUUAAAAUUUUCCGAACGGUGUCGGUGUGCUGCU